CCCAAAAGUUUAAUGAUGAUUGAUUCUGAUAGGGCGGAGGUACCUGAAGACUCUGCCCCCACAAUCCUCUCAGGAAUAAUGGGUGGGUGUUUAAAUAUUGUUUUUAUUUUAAACCUAAAACAUUUCCACUUUUAUUUUUCAGACUCUGAAUUAAAUUUCAAAGUGAAAACUUUGGCUGAAAUACGAGCGGCAAAAAAUAUGGAAAAAAAUACAAAAAAAAAAGAAGAAGCUCUGUGCACUUUGAGAGGAUCUAGAAGUAGCCAAGCAGAAAAACCCAAACUUAAGCAAACCCGACAGAUCUAUGUUCCUCCAGCUGUUCGUCAACAAUCUGAUUUGAAAGAUAAUCGGAAUGGUACAGAACAUAACAAAGAAUCUUUAGAAAAAGUAAAAAUUCCGAAGAUUGUUUCCAAGAAUGCUAAGGUUGAAGUCCUAAAUGUACAAAAUUCAGUGAAACCAGAAUCCGAUUUUAUAGGAGAAAUUCGAGUAAAAUCUUUUGCAGAAAUAAUGGAAGAAAAACGUCUGCGAGCAAAGCGCAAUGAAGAGACAGGAGGGAAAGUUGACAACUGUAAGAAUCGGCUUUCUGACUCAAAGUCAACAUACACUGCCCCAAAAGUUCCUACUUUGGCACAGUGGACCAGAAAACGGUCAGCAAUGCCUGUUAAACAAUCAGAUGAAGAAUCAGAUAAAACUAAUGAACUAUAUCCUGAGAAAAAACAUAUUUCCUCAAACUCUUUACUUUGUACGUCUGAUUCUAGACUAAAGAACAUAAUUUCAGUAGCACAAGAUAAAUUGAAACAAACUGUCACAGAUCGAUUACCUUCUGACAAAACAACAGAUGAGAGUUCAAAUAUUCCAUCAACUGAUUCCAUAGGAAAUUUACCAAAAUCUGGAAAUGAUGUAAAACUUGAGAAUUCCUUACAUAUAGAAACAGAAGAAAUGAAAUCGCCUCACACAGUUGUGACUAAUUCCUUGGAUUUACUUUCACCAACGCAUUUAAAUGAUGACAGUUUCUUGAAAGAUGACGAUGACUUGAAAGAUGUUACUGAAAAUAUAACUGAAGCUAAUUCUAUAGAAGAUGAUGAUGAUGUGUUACGUCAACUGGAAGAAAUGUUAGCCAGUCAAUGACACUUCCAGUCCCCCUCAACAUCAUUAUUAAGGCUAUACAUUACACACUCCAUUUUUAGGUUUCAUUAUAUUUCCAUUCUGAAAAAACACUUUUUACAUUCUCAUCAUUUUACCAUUUGAUUCUUUUCUUGACACUUAUGUAUGAAAGGUAAAAUUCAAAAUAAAUUAACUUUUGUUUCCUUUUUCAGUUUUGCCUUUCAUGAAAUUUCAAGGGUUAAAAAAAAAAAAAAAUUGAUUUUAGAGAAUUUGGAAAAUUGUUUAAAUCAUGUUCUCUUCUAAGAAUAUCCGAGAAGUGUUAAAUUACAAGGUUUGAAAGUAAAUCAAAAGCAAGGAAACAAAUUCCUAUGGUUUUUAACCCAGCAGAACCAAUAAUUCUGGGGUCAUUUAAGAGGCAUUUUUUUUCUUUUUGUUUCAGAUGUUGAAAACCUGAUAAACUUUUUGUUAUAGAAUUUUCCUUUGGAUUUAAAAUGUAUAUUAACUGAAAGAAGUUUAGAAAUCCACUAUAAAUUAUGUUAUAUUCUAUAACAAUAUUUUACAGAAAUUGUGAA